AUGUGUCUUCUGUUGAAUGAUGAAGUCUCAUGGAUUGAAUGGAAGAAAGCGCUGUAUGAUACAUUGGUUGCUUCUCAACAACAUUUGACUGUCAGUGAAAAGGCGUCGAAGAUUUAUGGCGCUGAUGUGAGUAGUUCAACAUCUACAAAUGCGAAUUCCAAUCAACAAGCAUCUACUGGUAAUCAUCACAAUGUUUCGGCAUCUGGCGGAACAAAUAGUGCUUUAAAGAAGAAUAAUGUUGCUGCAGCUGCACUCCAAGAUUAG